AUGGUCAUCGAUCCCCUGACGAAAAAGCCCAGAAAAGUUCCGCUGACGCCAGCUGAAGUUGUUCACCUGCGCAAAGGCCGUGUCUCUACAGAUCUCCAGUAUGCACAUGAUGCUGAUCGUUUACGUGAAGCAUCGUAUACUGGAAGGUUACGGCUCAUUGAGAGUCUAGCAGCUAAGCAAAAUGAGUAUAAGGAGAAGAGAAGACCUAUUGAUCCUCGAUGGCUCGAACCAAGCGGUCGCUUACCACCGGCGCAAGAGAGUCGUCUAUCCGUGCUUGGUGUACGAUAUGCCUCAACGACUUGUCCUGGGGAUAUUGUGAAAAACCUGGAAGAGAAGAGAUUAGCACAAGAAGCGGCUAAGAAAAAACUCGCUGAACAACAGGCCAGUAAUGAGAGGCCGAGCUCACCUUCGCAUCCGGUUAUCUCGGUAUGUGUACGCCCACCAGCGGUACCUGCCGGACCUGAUUUGGUUCAGUCCAGGAUACCUAUAGUGAUAGCUGUUCCACAACUUGCGGUUAGUCAGACUUUCAUUUCUAUAAACGGAUAUAUAGCAACUUGAAU